AGAUAGCAACUAGCUGGACAGCUCGGUAACCAGACAACUGUAGAGGUGUGGGAGAAAAUUCUGCAGGAACUAGGCUAGUACAAUCACCAGGGUGGGUUCAGUCAGUAUGGGUUUAACCUCUUCCUGCAUGCCUUGCUACAAAGUGUUUGUUUCCUCUACAGGUGUAUUAGGUGUUCCCGGAGGACCUUUCAGCCUUCUUCUUCCUCGCAGCAAAGACUUUGAAGAGUUUGAGGUUCUGAUGAGAAUCCUGUACCCUGACCCCGUGGAUUACAUCACCUCAAUUGGCGCCAUGGACCUCCUCUGGUCCAGGCUUGAACCAGCUGGCUACAUGAGCUACAUCACAGAGGACCCACUGCCAGGAACCCCGACCCACAGGGUCCUCUACCAGUAUGGCUUGGGAGAUGCACAAGUCAACAUACUAGGUCUAUAUGCCAUAGCCCGCUCCGCGAGAGCUGUGAUGUUUGAAAGCAACGUUCGCUGCCAGUUUCUUCUCCCCGAUACGGGACAAGUGGUCACGGAGAAACUGUUUGGAUUUCCCCUCCUCCCCGACGACACCACCGUCACUCAGGACGUGGUUGCCGUCGGUUUCGACUGCGGAGCUCCGCCCGAACCCGCGGACAACAUCCCGCCAAACGCGGCCACUGAUACCCACGAAGGGCCUCGCCGCUCUCCGCUGGCACAGGAGCAGAUGGUAAGGUCAUUCUUUUCUUCCUCCGUGACUUGUUGCUCCGAGUGAGAUAAUCUGAUUACGCUACACUAACACAGGACAUUUUUCUGAGAAGUGGAGAGAUAAAGAACGUGUGUGGAGGAACAUGCAAAUGUACCCUCUGACUCUGCACGUAGUGUUAAUUGUGGUGUAUUGUGUGGGUUUUAAUGAAGUUAUG